AUGCGCCGAGCUCUCAAACCUCGUCGCGGCCAGCCACUCGUGCGUCUCCAGCAACGCGACCAGCAGCAGCAGCUCCGACGGCGAGCUCUCGCGCCGGCCAUCUACGGCGGUCGUCGCCGGAUCCCAGCACCGCCAUCACCUCCCCUCCAUCAUCUCCAAGCCCUAUCUGCCUUCCCUAGGUCUGAUUCACCAAGAUUCUGCAGUUCAUGA